CUAAAUAUAAUCAUGUGUGAUCUUGUUUGAUUUGUCUUAACAUAUAGAUUAUUAAUAUAUAAUUUUUAUAAUUUUUUAAUAUACAAAUUACAAGAUAAAAUGGAUUAAAUAAAUCGCCUCUCCCGUUCAAAUCCCCUCUAAAUCUCUCUCUGUUUUCUUCAUCUUCAUCUUCUUCUUCUUUCUUCCCAUUGAUCUUCGAUCUUCCUCUAAUACAGAGUAUAUACAUUCUUCAUAUCGUAGCCAUGGCAGUCAACGGCGGUUCUCAGAAUCUGAUCGUGAGCUUCGGCGAGAUGCUGAUCGACUUCGUGCCGACGGUCUCCGGCGUGUCUCUGGCGGAGGCGCCCGGUUUCCUUAAGGCGCCGGGCGGCGCGCCGGCGAACGUCGCGAUCGCGGUUGCGAGGCUGGGCGGGAAGGCCGCGUUCCUCGGGAAACUCGGCGACGACGAGUUCGGACACAUGCUCGCCGGGAUUCUGAAGGAGAACGCAGUGCGCGCCGACGGGAUCAAUUUCGACAAGGGCGCCCGCACGGCCCUCGCGUUCGUGACCCUACGCGCCGACGGCGAGCGCGAGUUCAUGUUUUACAGGAACCCCAGCGCCGACAUGCUUCUCACCCCGGAUGAGCUGAAUCUGGAGCUCAUUAGAUCUGCAAAGGUAUUCCACUAUGGGUCAAUAAGCCUGAUAGUAGAGCCAUGCAGAUCAGCUCAUUUGAAGGCAAUGGAGGUGGCAAAAGCAGCAGGGGCAUUGCUGUCUUAUGACCCAAACCUCAGGCUACCAUUGUGGCCAUCGCCAGAGGAGGCGCGGACCCAGAUCAUGAGCAUUUGGGAGAAGGCGGAUGUGAUCAAGGUGAGUGAUAACGAGCUCGAGUUCCUCACCGGCAGCGACAAGAUCGACGAUGAGUCUGCUUUGUCCUUGUGGCACCCAAACCUCAAGCUCCUCCUUGUCACCCUUGGUGAAAAGGGUUGCAGAUAUUACACCAAGAGUUUCUGGGGCUCUGUGGAAGGAUUUCAAGUGAAGACAGUGGACACGACUGGGGCUGGUGAUUCCUUCGUGGGUGCCCUUUUGUGCAAGAUUGUUGAUGACCACUCCAUAAUUGAGGACGAGUCGAGAUUGAAGGAAGUGCUCCGUUUUGCAUGCGCGUGUGGAGCGAUCACGACCACAAAGAAGGGAGCCAUCCCUGCCCUUCCAGUUGAGGCCGAUGCCUUGGCCAUUCUUUCCGCUGCUAAGAAGGCAUAAAUUUCACUCCUUGCCUUAGUAGCCUCUUGCAUUUCCCAUUCAUUGUUCUCUUUGCCAUCUCUUGUUUUGAUUAGUUUUAAUUUUUUUUCAAGGGGACUCUUGUUUCUAGUUUUUUUCAUAUAUAUUUUUUCCCUUGUAGUCAUGGAUUGCUGUCUCUUCUUGGCAUUUUUCAAUAAAUCAGUUUCUGUGAUUUGGUUAUUUAUUGACUCUAGUAAAUAAUAAUGCUCUGUCCCU